AUGGUGCCUCCGGUAGGAAUCAUAAUCACGGUCACUAUUCUGGUGGCCGCCGGCGUGGCCGCGUACGAGAACCCUCAAGUGCGAGCAUGGAUUGACCGUACCAGGCACAAGAUCUCCAUGGGCCUUCACACUCUCGGCGAUGAAAUCCAUCCAAAUUCCAGUCAGCGACGCAGGCCGAGUCUCAACGAUGCCUCUAUGCAUGAAGACAAGAGCGAAUCCGCCGAUGAACGCAGGCGGCAGGCAAUCGCGGAGAUCAUGGAACGUGGCCGUAUAAUGGAAGAGAGGAACAAGAGAAGGAAAACCACCGGCCCAGACAGAACCCGCACAUCAAGUUUUGACACAAUGGUGGACGAGAAUGGGAUGCUGCUACAUGAACCUGGCCACGGUGGCGCGGAGCCCGCAGCUAGCUCGUCUGCCGUCGAUACUUCGGCGCACUCUGCCAGCCUGAAGCAGAGGCAGAAACCGUCACAGUCGGACGAAGUACCCACAACACUCCAGCACUCGAUGAACUUGUCUCAUUCUCGGAUGCAAUUGUCUCCGCUCCUGAUCGAUCAGGAUAACGACACCAAUCUGUUUGAGUCCCGGUACGAACAGGAAAUGCGCGAGGCCUGGAGUAUCCCGGUUUCCGAUAGACGGCUUGAACUCCCUUCAAGUCAUGCUUCCGAGAGCUUGAUCGAUCUCACUCCAACUACCGAAGAUGCUCCCGACCCAGACUUCUCCGUUCCAUCUGCUGAACAUCUCCACCGCCCUUUAGGCAAUUCAGAUUAUUUCCGCGUAUCAGCUGGGAAUUCGACACCCACCUUACCAGACCAUGAUUUGCAGCGUCUCAUGCCAGGCCAAAGUCCCGGCAGUCUUCCCUGGAUAGCAGACGAUCGUUCCACCCCUAACAACCGUGCCCCCACCCCAACGCCAUCCACCGGGAGUCUGAGUGGAAGCAUGAGCAAUAUCCACCCAAGCGAGGCAGAGGAGAAUUCGGAUGAUCUGCUCAGCGAAGAGGGAGAUGGUAUUCGAACUCCCGCAAGUGUGUGGACCGAGGUUGACAGUACGGUUAGUGGGGACUUCAACUAG